AUGGAGGAGCCGCUCUGCUGCUGCGAGUACGUGGACCGGAACGGGCAGAGGAGCCACCUGGUGACCUGCCUGUGCGACUGCGAGGAGCUGGACCACGGCUGCGACAGGUGGCUGCGGUGCAGGCCGCUGCCCCCCGGAGCGCUGCGCGCCGUCGCGGACGCCCUCGCCGACCGGGCGCGCGUGCCCUGGUUCGCGGGCGCGCUCAAGAUCAACGUGAGCCUCGUGCCGCCGCUGCUGCUGCUGCCCGUCCUGCUGCGCGUCGCCGCUCUGCACUUGCUGCUGGCGCUGCUCGUCCUCACCUCCCUGCCCGCGCUCGUGCUCUGGUACUACUACCUCACGCACCGCAGGAAGGAGCGGACCCUCUUCUUCCUGAGCCUGGGGCUCUUCUCCCUGGGCUACAUGUACUACGUGUUCCUCCAGGAGGUGGUUCCUCAGGGCCGCGUGGAGCCUUCCCAAGUGCUUAUCCUCACCUGCGGGCUAGUUCUUAUGCUCGCAGCCCUGUCUCGAGCCAAGAAAGACCCUGGCUACCUUCCCAGCCCAACAGGCAAAGGCACGGCGCCGUGCCAGGCCAUGGAUUUGCCAAGCAAGAAAGUUACGGGGAGCUCCAACGGGCUCCACGGAGUCGCCUCUCUGGGAGCUGCGAGCGGCCGCGCUGCGAACGGGGAGGCCAGGGGCCAUUCCAGGCUGCCGGCCGAGGAGCCCGACGGGACGAGGAAGGACUGGUGCGCGAGGUGCCAGCUGGUGCGGCCGGCCCGCGCUGGGCACUGCCGCCUCUGCGGGAGGUGCGUGAGAAGACUGGACCACCACUGCGUCUGGAUUAACAGCUGCGUAGGGGAGCAGAACCACCAAGCCUUCAUCCUCGCGCUCUCCCUCUUCCUGCUCACCUCCGUGUACGGCAUCACGCUGACCCUGGGCACCGUUUGCAGGGGCCGGAUGCCACUCGUGGCCUUGUUCUACUGCCCCGGGGCCUAUUCUGAUUACAGCUCAGCUCUGUCGUUCACCUGCGUGUGGUACUGUGCCAUCGUAACGGCUGGCAUGGGCUACAUCCUCCUUAUCCAGCUGUUGAACAUCAGCUACAACGUGACCGAGAGGGAAGCUCGCCUGGCUCUGCGCGACAACACGGGACGCAGGCUCCUGGGCGGGCUGGUCGUAGACACGGGCCACUAUAACCGGGGCUUCCUCUGCAACUGGAGCCACUUCUUGAGCCUGGGGUCACCCGCUCUGCAGCGCUCUGCAGAAGACAUAGUGUGACACGCGCACGCACACACACACUCCUUUUCUCCU